CCGUUCUUUUUGGCACGCCGGCAAAGUGCCCGGGAGGCCGCAGCCCAGCGGAGCCACACACGCGCGAGCAAGGAAGGCAGAACCGUCCGGGUCGCGCGGAACAGGCCGGCUAAAAAGCGGAGCGGGGUUGCGACGGUCGCGGUCCCGGGGAGCGCAGGCAGCGGCGGCCCUCCUCGGCCGGGACCACCGGCAUGGCCUUAGCCGACAGCGCCCGGGGGCUCCCUAACGGCGGCGGCGGUGGCGGCGCCCGGAGCGGCGUCUCUCGCGCUCCAACGGCCUCUGACCUGGCCUCGUCCCCGUCGUCGGGGCCCAUCCCGGAGAUCGUGGAGCUGAACGUGGGCGGGCAGGUGUACGUGACCCGGCGAGGGACGGUGCUGUCGGUGCGCGGCUCGCUGCUGUGGCGCCUCUUCUCGCAGCAAGAGGCCACCGACCUGCCCCGCGACGCCAAGGGCCGUUUCUUUCUGGACCGCGACGGCUUCCUCUUCCGUUACGUCCUGGACUACCUGCGCGAUCAGGAGCUGGUGCUGCCCGAGGGUUUCCCGGAGCGCAACCGCCUGCGCCGCGAAGCCGAAUACUUCCAGCUGCCCGAGCUGGUGCGCCGUCUGGCGGCCUCAGGUUCCUCCUCGGCCCUGCCGCCGCCGCGCUUCGCGGGGCUGCUGCGCGACUCCUCGGUGUGCGCCGACGACCCGGCGGCGCUGGGUUACUUAGAAGCGGACUUCAGCGAGACCCCGGCGGCUUCGGCUGCCUCGCCGACGUCGGGCCGCAGCCCGUCGGGGCCCGCGCCGCCGAUGCUGUCGGCUUCCCUCUCUCUGGACGCCGGCGGAGGUCCCGGCGGCCGCCGCUCGGGCUACAUCACCAUCGGUUACCGGGGCUCGUACACCAUCGGCCGGGACGCCCAAGCCGACGCCAAGUUCCGACGGGUGGCCCGCAUCACGGUGUGCGGCAAGACGGCGCUGGCCAAAGAGGUCUUCGGCGAGACGCUGAACGAGAGCCGCGACCCGGAUCGGCCUCCCGAGCGUUACACGGCCCGCUACUACCUCAAGUUCAACUUUUUGGAGCAGGCCUUCGACCGGCUGAGCGAGGCCGGCUUCCGCAUGGCGGCCUGCUCCUCCACGGGCACCUGCGCCUUCGGGCCCGAGCAAGGCGGCCCCGCCGAGGACAAGAUUUGGACCAGCUACACCGAGUACGUCUUCUGCCGCGAGUGAGCGCGCCCGACGCCCGUUCCCCGGGAGUCGGGUGGGGGAGAGAAGG